AUGCUCAAGGCGGUAGCGGCCGUUCACGGGCAGCUGGGAGAGUCGGAGACUCCAUCGUCUGAGUACCUCGCUCUCAAGUGCGAGGAGUGCGAAGCCAAUGAGCCUCAGGCUUCAACCUUGGAUGCCAUAACUUCGAAGAAGAACACGCUCACCACGAGCAUCCAGUCCAGCCUUGACGCUUCGGGGCGAAUUCAUAUUACUCAGCACAAAUCCAAGAGCGAGCUCCCGACUACUACAGAAGCUUAUCGCAAGGUCCUUCGCGUGGAAGCUUUCACGUGGCUAUGCAUGGCAUCCCGCUUUAAAUCCAAGCAGUGGCUUCAGGAUCUUAAGCUGUCUGACUUCGACCACUUCGUGAACUACAUCCUUGGCGAAAAGGUCGCUCAGCUCUCAGUGCCUACGUCUCAUCAGCCAGCCGAUGUGCCUUCACUUUCGCCACCUUGGGAAGUAGUCUUGGCCUAUGAGCACCGGUUGCGCAAGGAGGCUGUCCGUCUGGUCAAUGAUCAGGGUUAUACUCUGGCAGGCGCUCUGGCUUCAGUCAUUUCUUCAGCGGAGCUUAAGGAGACCUACUUCACGACGCCGCUCGCCUUGUCCAUCAUUGAGCGACCACGCAAGUGGCACAAAGGCAAGGGCAAGGGCAAGGAUGGCAAGGACGGAGGCAAGACAGGAAAGGGCGGCAAGGGCAAAGACUCCAAGGGGGGCAAGAACGGCAAAAGCGGACCCGGUGAUGUGGGCUCUUACCUUCAGUCAUUGGGCAAUGUCACUAAUCUUCUUCAGUUCGAUCUUCAGCGCUCCACGGAGCAUGACUUGACUAAGGAAGGCUUGUGGCAGCACAUCUUUCAAUUGCUUGGCGAAGGGGAUUGGAUCCUCAUUGUGGAGCAGGCUAAUUAUUUUCUUGAUCAGACCGUGACGGCAUGUCAACUUGCAUGGCAGUAUGUCCUGGAGCACCCGGAGGAUCUCGGCGCAACGCCGGAUCACGAGUUACCGGCUUCCAUCUGGCAGCUACCAGCUCUGCGUGAGCUCCAGGUUUCCACUCAGGCCAUCACUUUUGCUUUCUUUCAAUGCAGCUUUGAGGCUCCCACUUCCAAACCCACACGCCUUCUCACUAAUCUACGGGCCUUUGUCGAGCAGCCUCCGCCUUUUGCUUCAUGGCCACGCUUCGACUCCAGUGAUCGCUACGUGGGGCCGUUGCCGCCACGCUGCCCGCACGGGAAACAUGACAAAGUACUUGCAGGCCGAGAAGGCUCCCGCUGGGCGACCGAGUCAUCAGCAGUCUAUCCUCCUCUGUUGUGUGAGUGGCUUACGCAUGCUGUGCUUGCUUCCGCUUCGCAGGGGGGACUUGGGUCAGCGCCGCACAGCUCCGUUCCAGGUGAGGCAGGUCCAAUGCAGGAAUCCCACGAGGCAACGCAGGAGGUGCAUCAGGAUUUAUGUGAAGUGCCGCAGGGGCUGCACCAGGUGGUUUCCGAUAGGGUAGAGGCGGUUACUGAUAGGGUAGAGGCGGUUGGCUUGAUCGAGUCGGAAGCACCUCCUUCCACUUUGUUGCCGUCGCCAGACUCUUCGGGGAACGCACCUUUGCCCAAUGGGAUAAUAGGGGUUACUGACUUCGUAGGAGGAGAGAUCUGGGUCGAGGCCCAGGAUGGGGAGUCUGUUCAGAUUGUUGACGGUAAGCGCUUAAGUGGUCACCUUCUUCCGAUCAGUGAGACACCCACCUACAUACAUGCCUACCGCGAUCUUCACCUCACAAUGCCCUGGAAAGGUAAGAGAUUAGUCAUCAUAGCUUUCAGUGUAUCGGAGCAUACUCAGGCAUGCGAUGAGGAUCUCGCGUUUCUUCGCGGGCAUGGUUUCGUCCUUCCGGGCGAAGAGCACAGUGUUGAUCUUGAGGCGGUCCAGUCAGAUGAUUCGGAGGUGCUGGAGGGGGGUGAGGUCGAAAGGCCGGAGCCCUUCAAGCAUCAGGAGUGCCACAACAUCGGGCUGCCUUUGAACCUCGAGUGGGAUGGCAAAACUCAGCCGAUCACGGAUGGCUUUGGACUCUGCUCACCCACUAGAUGGCCUCCGGAAGCCAGGGGGGGCCUGCUGCCCAAGCAGGCUUUGGAGUUCGCCACUGCCAUGCAUCAAGUGCUUCGAGACUUUGUAGCGGACGUUGUGCCUGAUAUCAAGCGCACGGCGAUGGAGCUUGCGCUAGGCCGCCUUAAGGAAUCGCCUUUCACUCCCGAGAUGUUAGGGGUCCUUAGGAAGGAUUGGUUUAGUUGCAUAGAGGUUGCUUCGGGAGGCAAGUGUACGGAUCUUGAUGUGGUGCCGAGUGGCCAGCCAUUCUUCUUGCAUGCUGUGUCUGCGACGGCUCGGCUGUUGCAGGACCCAGAUUGGAAAGCCGUUUCUUGCCAGGAGGACUCCUAUGUCAGCGGGGUCGCGAUCGGUUAUGACUGCCCCGCGCCUCACUUGCCACAGGUGUACGAGUACAAACACAAGUCCCGCAAGCUCGAUGAAUCGGAUGCCGAGUGGCAUCGCGAGAACUAUUCGUCGGCAAACGAAACAUCGGAUCAGCUUGAGAAGAAGUUUGCAGAGGAAGAGGCUCUUGGGCGCAUGGAGGUAGUUCACCUUGUGCGCAGCGCAAAGCAAAGUCAGGAGGCCACCUUUUGCCUCACCGGCGAUGUGACGGUGCGCAACGACACGCCGGUCGUUUGGUACAACAAAGUAGGAACGUUCGGUAUAUCAUCAUCCGCCUUCCUUUGGUCCAGAUUGUUUGGAAUCAUCGGCCGCUGCACCGCGCGCUUUCUUUUGACAUUGUGGUUCUAUCACCUCGUCUUCGUAGAUGAUGUUCACGCCAACUUCGCAGGAAGGGAGAAAUUUCAUCAUUUGCUCAUGUGGCUAGCAUGCUUCGAGAUGUUUGGCACACCUUUCGCAUACAAGAAGUUCCGCGGUGGGCUCACUUCGGCUUUUGUGGGUUACGAACUUUCUUAUCCAGACCAGAGGGUCGGAAUUUCCGAAUCGCGGGGCCAGUGGCUCUUGAAAUGGAUCGCUGAGGCUCGGUCCUCGAAGUUUGUUGUUUCGGUUCGCAGGUUUGCUGAGUUCUUAGGGAGGCUGGGCUUCGUCGCUCGGCUUUUGGUUUGGCUUAAGGCACACCUUGCACCGCUUUACAGCUGGAGGGCAGCGGUGAACGACAGUUCAGUCGCUCGGAUGCCCGACACCGUCAUCCUUACUCUUGAAUAUCUUGACCUCACGUUCAGGGACAUGACGUUCAAGGUCGCCGCAGCAAGAUCAGUCAAAAGAGAAGGCGUGGCCUUCCGCACUGAUGCAAAGUGCGCGGACGGGUACGUGGUCCUUGGGGGUUGGGAUUGCGCAGGCACAACUCAGGAGUCCAGAUGGUUCUCACUUCGACUUACUCCCUCAGAGGCCCCUUACCUCUUCGACUCAGAAGGUCACAGUCAGUGGGCUUCGGCAUCGGCUGAAUUGCUGGCCACGCUGGCUGCCCUGCACAUCUUCGGUCACCUUGAAGCCGGGCCAACUAGGCGUUUGAUGAAGGUUGAGGUUCUAGCUCAGACGGAUAAUAAGUCUAACGAGGGCUUGACUCGCAAGGGUUCUACAACGCGCUGGCCCUUGCUCAUGGUUAACAUGCAGCUCACCCAUGUUCUCAUGAAGGCCGGCUUGCGGUUGAACUUGGGAUGGCGUCCACGGGACGAAAAUCAGGAGGCCGAUGAUUUAACCAACGAAAUCUUCGACCGUUUCUCUGAGGAGUUGCGGGUCCCAGUGCAGUACUCCGAAUUGCCGCUUUCCUUUCUUCACACUCUUUACGAAGCCAGGCGUGCACAGCUGAGCAGCCGUGAAGUGGAUUCCAUCCGCGACACGGUCGGUGGCAGGCCACGCUUCAGAGGCAAGAGAAAGAGAGAGAAGUCUCCUUGGUGA